AUGUUUGAGCAAACGGCGAAGACUAUCGCUGGAGCGACUUCAGUAGAUCUCGAUGAGGACACAAGAAUGGCGGCCGGUGUUGCCAUGUUCGAAGCGUUCAACAAAAAAACCAAAGACACGAAGAAGGGCGAGAAGAAGAAGGACAAGAAGAAGACGAAUCUGAACACCGAGGGCAGUAUGCGGAAAAAAGACAAAACAGUGCGGAAGGAGCAAGAGCAGGCGACGACGACAAUGGCGGCCGCGCCGCAAUCGAAUCCCGCCGUUCAGAAAUGGGUCGAGCGGGCCCUCACGAUGGGAGUACAGGCGCUUCGGGACGAAUAUCGCGCUCUCGCCAAAUACACAAUGGAGGGAAUGACGCAGGAGGCGUUCAACGCGAAUCAACCCCUCAAUCGCAAUCGCUAUCAAGACGUUCCGUGUCAGGACGCGAAGCGAGUCGUCCUCAAAGCGCCGCCAUCAGCUACCGACUACGUCCACGCCAAUUAUGUGGGAACUCCGAUGUCGGAUAAGCGGUUCAUCUGCACACAGGGACCAUUGGAUAAUACUUGCGACGAAUUUUGGUGGCUCGUUUGGCAGGAGAAAGCCGAGCAGAUUAUCAUGCUUUGCAACGUGAUCGAAACGGGAAAAUAUAAAUGCGCUCAAUAUUGGCCGCUAGAAGUGAAUGAGAAGCGAGCAGUCGGCGGCGGUCAGAUGAUCGUCGAGAAGGUCGAUUGCAAGCCGAUGGAACGCGAGCCGACGAUUAUGGUGACCAAUCUCAAAGUGACCUAUAACAAUGAAACGCGCAAUGUUCGCCAUUUGCAAUGGCUCGAUUGGCCCGAUCGCGGAGUUCCGCCGUGUCGUCUAACGAGUAUGGAGCUUCUUUCGGCCGUUCGCGGCUCCAAACAACCAAUUGUUGUGCAUUGCUCGGCGGGAAUCGGACGUACCGGAACCAUCGUGGCGAUCGAGUACAUUUUGGAGAAAAUCAGCGCCGGUUUGGAUUGCAUGGCGAUGGGUGAGCUCAUGAAGGAGCUGCGAAAUCAGCGAGCCUACUCGAUUCAGAACGACUUGCAAUAUCUCUACAUUCAUCGAGUGAUGCUCUGCUAUUUUUUGGAGAAAUACAAGGACAAAUACGCGUCGCUUCUCACCGAGGAAAACACACAAAAAUAUAAGAAAUUCGUUGAGGAGUAUAACCAAGCUGUUGGUCAAUGA